UGCCUUUGCUCAUCAAUGGCAGCGAUGGUUCUAAGGCGUAGAACCCGAGCUCCGAAGCGCUAUUCCAAGGAUGACGACGAUGUUCGCUGCGAGAGAUGCGGGUCUGGUGAUUUUGGAUCGAAGCUUUUGUUGUGCGAUAAGUGCGACAAGGGGUAUCAUCUCUUUUGCCUUAGACCCAUUCUUGUUUCUGUUCCUAAAGGUUCCUGGUUUUGUCCCGUCUGCACCAACAUUAAGACGCCCCAAUUGUUUCCAUUGGUUCAAACCAAAAUUGUUGAUUUCUUCCGGAUUCAAAGGUCGUCCGAUGCAAUAGAAAAUCAAGAAAAAGGGAACAUCAAAAAGAGAAAAAGAGCUUGUAGUUUAGCCUUUUCAAAAAGGAAAAGGAAAUUGUUGGCGUAUAAUCCAACGGAAGACCCAGAAAGGAGGUUGGAACAAAUGGCCUCAUUGGCAACUGCACUGAAAGCUUCUGGAACUGAGUACAGUAAUGAGCUCACCUAUAGGCCCAGCAUGGCUCUAAGGUCAGCUAAUUGUGCAGCUCUUGAGAAGGGAGGAAUGCAGGUUCUGCCCAAAGAAGAUAUAGAGACAUUAAACUUGUGCAAAAGGAUGAUGGAAAAAGGGGAAUGUCCUCCUCUCAUGGUUGUUUUUGAUCCUGUUGAAGGUUUCACUGUACAGGCUGAUAGAUAUAUAAAGGAUUUAACCAUUAUUACAGAAUAUGUUGGAGAUGUGGAUUACUUAAAGAACCGUGAAAAUGAUGAUGGGGAUAGCAUGAUGACCCUCCUUCACGCGUUCAAUCCUUUGAAAAGCCUUGUUAUUUGCCCUGACAAGCGUGGCAACAUUGCCCGCUUUGUUAAUGGCAUCAACAACUUCUCACCGGAUGGGAGGAAGAAGCAAAAUCUAAAAUGCGUGAGGUAUAAUGUGAAUGGGGAGUGUCGAGUUUUGCUGAUUGCUAACAGGGAUAUAAGAAAAGGAGAAAGAUUGUACUAUGAUUACAAUGGAUAUGAACAUGAAUACCCCACAGAACAUUUUGUUUAGCAUUUCCGAUUCUGCCUGAUUAUAGAGGUUCACACAGACUGAUG